CCUAAGAAAGACAUGGAGCUUGACCCUCAGAGUGUCACCCACGUUCCGAAUGGGGUUCUGCAAAGGUGGCAAGGGUAAAGGGAGCUGGGCACCUCACCUAGCUGCCCAGGCACACUAGGAGGGAUAGAGAGUCCUAAUCAUCCUGCAAUAGAAGGAAGGCUCCUGCUAGGCAUACAGGGCCACCCUACAUCAGGUAGGCUUGCCAGGUAGAACGAUCUUACUUAGCCAGAGUAUUGGAAGGGGUACCCAGAAACCGCUCUCCUGCUUUUUGCCUAGUGGGUUUGGACAAGGCUAAGAAGUUGGGCAUGAUAGGGUCUUUCCUCUGCUGUCUCGGGCUGUCUGGAGUUGGUUGAGGAAAGCUGUGUGGAAUUGAAUCAUUUUGUGAAUGAAAAAAACCCGAUAGGACGUGACUGCUCCUAGGUAUGGUAAAGGAGGAGGUUUAUUGAGGAUUAAACGGACAUGGGACAUCUGGGAGAGCCCAGAGUGGACGUGACCCGGAGCUUUGUGAGAAGUGGGGAGAGGAACCAGAUGCAGUAGCCGACAGCCCAAAAGAGGAGAGGUGACCAAGAUGGUCGGGUUAUAUAUGGAAGGGCAGCUAGGGGGAGAGGCUAGCCUAGCCUGUGGGCUGGAUUAGGUUUAGGGUAAGGGGCGGAGUAUGUCAGCCUGGAGGGGCCCUGUAACAGGUAGUGCAAGGGAUGCCGGGGAACCUAGGGGCCAGUGCGUCUUUGAUAUGUUAAAUAGGCCCCCAGCUCUUUGUCCCGGUUUUGAGACUUUGAGCCAGGCUGUGAGUUCUGUGGUCUGCAGACUGUUAACCCUCUCAGGGAUGCGUUUGAGGAGUGUAGGAGGGGCGCAGAGGCCUCUGUCUCCACUAGUCCUGUGUUGGAAUUGGCAUCUUGUGUCCUACUAGGAGAUGCCAUCUCUGAGGAGAGGCCGUCCCCUGUAGUUUGUGCUUGUUUUACGUGUACAGCUAACUUCCCGUGUGUGUGUGUGUGGAGCAAGAAUUUAAAGAGCUGUGCAUUCUUCCUCUUAGAGCUCCGGGGACUGUCAUUGUAGGACACCCCCCACCCCCCACUGGUCAGUUAGAGAGAGGAUCAUGGAUAGAUGAACCCAGGGACCUAUGGGGAUUCAGAAGGUAUCUGUUGUCACACCUGGGAAGUGUGCGCCUUGGGCUUCUGCUUCCAUUAGGAUCUUCGAGUUUGGUAAGGGUAAGAACACAGUCUUGCAGCCAGGUUCAUUCUCACAGGCCUAGGCCAGCGGGCUGCCCAGUGUGUCUGGCCUAAGGGCUGUGGUCUCUCUCUGCUAGGCCGGCAGACCCAGAACUGUUGGCUGAGGUCAGCCACUAUUUUUCAGAAAGCUACUUAACCUAGCAGACUCCAGCCUCUCCCCUGUGGGAUGCUCCUCUGCCAGUGUCUGAGCCUCCGGCUUUUCCUCUCCCUUACCUUGAACUUGGGAAAGGUGAGCCACGCACUCAGGUUGAGGGCAGAGUUGUCCUGAGAGACGCAGGUGUGUCGGGAAAGACAGGCAGUAAUCACUAAGAGCCAGCCACCUUGUCCUAUGCUGUUGAAGGACCUGAGGCUCGGGCGCAGGCAUCUGCUCUGUGUCUUAAGUCGGGUUGCUAAGGUUCCACGGACCCUGAGACGCACUGUUCAUCCUUAGUGAACUGGGAGGAGGGUUGGGAUGGACGGUUGUUGCCAGCAUCAUGCUCCCUGGUCCUCCUAGUCCCCGAGCCUCAGUCUCCUAAACGGAUCUCCUAAACAGAUGUGCGGGAAGGUUGACUCUCACCCUCGCUCACAAAGUGUACUUGGGCGGUAGCUCAGAGACUGCUGUGGCCAGGGAAUCCCAGUUUGCUGAUUGCAGACACUUGGUGCCUUUUCUGCCUUGGUCCAUCUGCGUCCAGGUCAUGUGUGCUCAGUCAUAUAGGGUGCUAGCUAGGCGAGGUGGCGUUCACCUGACCUGGACUGUUGGGGUACGCCAUGUAGGCCGUUAGACAAAUGUAGUCACAUUGGAGGCUGAUUUAGCCCUUGGAGAGUGGAGAAAGCUCAGCUUGCUCUUUUCCCUUCCUUCCUGUCUUCCACCCUCUCUCCCUUCCGUCCUUCUCCCGAACUUCUUUCCCCCUCCCUCCCUCCCUCCAUCUGUCCAUCCUUCCUUGGGGCUGAACCCAGGGCUAAGUACAAGUUCUUCCAGCAAGCCCCCAUUUGUUCACUGGGAUGCCCUCUCCAAUAAGGCCAGCAGGCUUAUGGGACAGGCUGUUGAUAGGGUGUGGAUGAGGGGUUUUCUGACAAGGGCCUGAUUGAAAGGGUAUUGUGAAUCGCACUAAUUAAACUUGGCAUUCCAUAGGAAGAGGGAAGAAUUAAGCUACAGAGGGGUGAGUAGUUGGGAUAAUGACAAACACGCAUAGAUGCUGGCAGUGGAUACAGUCCCUGAUCUGUGAGGACGGGGUCUGUGUUGGAGAAGCUGGAGCCAGGGGAGCAGGUUGUGGGUUUCAUGUGAAGCCAGGCAAGGUUGUCCACAGAUACCUUUUUCAGAAGGGUGGGGCUCGUCUACCUGCCUAGCGGGCAUUGAAAGCUUCGGGAGCCGCAGGGAUGGCAGUGGAUACUGACAUCCUGCAUCCUGCCCAAGCCCGUGACCUGGUGGUGCUCAGGGAUCCGAGUGACUGCAUCUCAGUGUUGUGAGUGAGCUUCGACACUCUUGAGAGGCUCUCCCCUUCUUGUCUGGCCUGGGGUCGUGCAGCUUUUGAGGCCUCUCCCCUGUAUCUCUGGGGACCUGAAGACUAGAGCAUAUUCCAGCCACACCUGCCUUUGAACAAAGGAGAGAGGAAGGGAAAGUAGGCUCCCACCCCAUUCAGGUAACUUGAGUCUGGCCCCAGGAGGCUGCCCCCACGCCCCACAGGAGGUCUGAAUAAUUGAACAGGGUGGCUACUCAUUCCUGUGAGGCCGGGGCUGGCCAAGCUUCCUUGCCUCUGACUUUUGGACCUGACUGGAAGUAGGGAAUAUACAUUCUGGGGACACCUGGGAGGUCAGUCAGGUCCACUCUUCUCCCCCCCCCAAAAAAAAAAAAUUAGUGUGCCUGCUGGGGACCUGUGGGGUGUAUUGGAUGUGUUGUUUCGACAGCUAGCCAAGGGCCACUGUGGGGGUGGAACUAUUGGAGCCAAUGCUACUGCUCAGUUCUGGUUUCCUCCAGCUUCCACAAAGGCUCUGAGAAGGGUGUCUGUCUUGGGGAUGGAGGUGCAGGGGCACAGAUUGCACAGGUUGACCCUAGCAACCCAUUUAUUUAGCUGCUUUUAUUUGUCAUGUAUUUGCUUACUGUUCUGGGGAUGGAGCUUAAGCCUUUGCCCAGGCUAGACCUAGUCAGUCCACAAUGCACUUUACAAAGAGUCCACUCAUUCAUUUCUUCAUUUAAUGUACUUAUUUCUCCACAUGUGUGUGCGCAUGCUCACACCCUGUAUGUGCAGACGCCUUCAGAGUCCCAAGGGUGUCAGAUUGCCUGGAACUACAGAUGGUUGUGAGCCAGUACUUGAUCUGAGUGCUGGGACUCCAGGUCCUCCAAGAGCAAAACUUGAAGGGUCUAAGUGCAAGGGGCAGCUUUUGAUUUUUGGGGCAACCAACUGGGACUUGAUUGGACGGAAGGAAGUGCCUAAACAGCAAGCUGCUUACCGCAACCUUGGUCAGAAUUUGUGGGGGCCCCAUAGGUAUGGGUGCCUGUCAGGAGUCCGGGUGCGAACUGUGGUUUCAGGUUCAUGUGCUGCCCACAGCCUGCUCAUCACAACAGAAGGGAAGCUGUGGAGCUGGGGUCGGAAUGAAAAGGGGCAGCUGGGCCAUGGAGAUACUAAGAGGGUGGAAGCCCCCAGACUCAUCGAGGCCCUCAGCCAUGAGGCAAUCGUGCUGGCCGCAUGUGGGCGCAACCAUACUCUGGCCUUGACAGAUACCGGCUCCGUGUUUGCCUUCGGAGAGAAUAAGAUGGGGCAGCUGGGCCUGGGGAACCAGACAGAUGCUGUCCCAAGUCCUGCUCAGAUUAUGUACAACGGGCAGCCAAUUACCAAGAUGGCCUGCGGGGCUGAGUUCAGCAUGCUGAUGGACUGUAAAGGAAACCUCUAUUCCUUUGGGUGCCCUGAAUAUGGCCAGCUGGGACACAACUCGGACGGGAAGUUCAUCGCCCGGGCACAGAGGAUAGAGUAUGACUGUGAGCUGGUGCCCCGGAGAGUGGCUAUCUUCAUCGAGAAGACCAAGGACGGGCAGAUCUUGCCUGUCCCCAACGUGGUGGUUCGAGAUGUCGCCUGUGGCGCUAACCACACACUGGUCCUGGACUCACAGAAGCGAGUCUUCUCCUGGGGCUUUGGUGGCUAUGGCCGGCUGGGCCAUGCUGAGCAGAAGGAUGAGAUGGUACCUCGCCUGGUGAAACUGUUCGACUUCCCGGGGCGUGGUGCAACCCAGAUCUAUGCUGGCUAUACCUGCUCCUUUGCUGUCAGUGAAGUGGGUGGCUUGUUUUUCUGGGGGGCCACCAAUACCUCCCGAGAGUCUACCAUGUACCCGAAAGCAGUGCAGGACCUCUGUGGCUGGCGGAUCCGGAGCCUUGCCUGCGGGAAGAGCAGCAUCAUCGUAGCGGCCGAUGAAAGCACCAUCAGCUGGGGUCCAUCGCCAACCUUCGGGGAAUUGGGAUAUGGGGACCACAAGCCCAAGUCUUCUACUGCAGCCCAGGAGGUGAAGACUCUGGAUGGCAUCUUCUCCGAGCAGGUGGCCAUGGGCUACUCACACUCCUUGGUGAUAGCGCGGGAUGAAAGUGAGGCUGAGAAGGAGAAGCUGCAGCGGCUGCCUGAGUACACCCCGCGCACCCUCUGAGCAGCCAGCCCUCCCCUCGCGGCGCUGUCCUUUCCACGUGCACUGGGACCAGAAGUCAGACAAGGAAUUUAGGAAGCAAAAGUUGACCAAGGGUGCAUUGGGUUAGCCUCCCUGAGGUUCCGUUUCCAAGCGAUUCAACAUUAACUACCUUUUUCUGUAUGCUUUCCAAAGUGUUUUUCCCUCAAUGUUUGAUUAAAACAUUUGCUCAUA